AUGGACGACCAAUUUGGUGGCCGCACAGAUGAUGACCUCUUCUUCGACGACUUCGAGCCCGUAACUGACUCUCAACCCAUCGAGACAGUCGAAGUCGCCCCUCCACCCCCUCCCCCUCCCGUCGCAGUCGCGACACCGCCACCAGUCGAACAGUCCAAACCCGAACCGGCACCCCAAAAGCCCGUCGAGCAGCCUCAACAACCCAAGUCGCGGCCUCCAACCGCCCCUCGAGGUGGUCUUGCGAACUCGAGAUUCGCAGAUAACAAGCCUGCGCCUGCCCCGCGUGCGCCCCGCCAACAACCCCCGGCGCCGACUGCUCCUGCCGCGACCACCAACAACACCGCACCUCCCGAUGCGCCGACCGGUCCUGCCGCCCAGUCACAACCCGCCCCUCCUCCCGCAACCGCGGCGCCCGUAAACAAGAGCAGCUCUCCCGCGCCCGCCGCCGCUGCGCCCCGCGAAAAGACGCAACAUGCGCCCUCCGCACCCAGUGGCGGCAACACGGCGCUGAACGCCGAGGCCCGCUUGCAGUCCGGCGCGAACCCCCGCACCAAGCUGACCGAGGCGGAGCUGGCAGCCAAGAUGGAGCAGAUGCGUAUUCUCAACGCGGAGAAGACGCGCAAGUUCGAGAAGGCGGAGCAGGACGAGCGUAGCCACGCCGAGGCUUACGCGCGGGGCAUGGAGGAGGCGCGCAAGCGCAAGCAGGCCGAGGCCGAGCAGCGGAAGCGUGGCGAGGAGGAGAGGAAGCGAAUGGACGACGAGCGCGCUAAGAACAGGGAGAGGAAGCUGAAGGCGAUGAGCUUGAAGGAGGGCGGUUGGGACGAGGGUAAGGAGGCGCUUGCUGCGGAAGAGGAGAGAAGGGGCUUCCGUGGCGCGAACGGUGGUAUCAGGGGAGCGCGCUCUUCUGGACUCUCUGGUAGCAGGUAUGCUGAUGAGGGCGAUGACGGCGACAGGUAUGAUCGCGAUGACAGGAGGGGUGGUCGCGGGCGUGGCAGGGGUCGUGGCCAGGGCCGGGGUGGACGAGGCGGUCGUGGUGGAUACGGCGGCGAAUUCGAGCCCAGAGACCCCGCGUCGAACGGCGCCCGCGAUGCUAAGCCACCCGCUCCCAAACCCAAGGCGCCAGCCAUCACUACCGACGAGUUUCCUGCUCUGCCCAGCACUGGCAAGGCCGGAGAGACCUCGCCUCCUGUCCUGUCACCUCUCGGCAGGUGGGAUGACGAGAUGGAGGCACUUGAUGCGAGGAUGAAGAGUGACGAAAAGGCUUAG